AUGCCGGCGUGCGCCGAGGGCGGUUGGCGGGCGGGCGACCCCCGCGCCAUGGCCGCGAGGAGCCCCGAGGGCGGCUGGCGGCCGGACCCAGCCAAGGUGCCGCUCUUCCCGCGCGAGGAGGAGGUCCCGUGGCCCAGGCGCCUGGCACAGGCGGCAUGCUUCGAGCAGGGCAGCGGCAGCGGCUCCGAGCUUCGCUCCCUGGAGCUCGGGGUGCCGACUCGCACGCAGCGGCGCCGCAUGCAGCGCCGGAUCAAGAAGACCAUGAACAGGCAGGUGGUGUACGAGCAGUCGCACGGUGCGCCGUCUUUGGAGAGGCCUCCAGGAGUUUUCACCCUUCCGGCCGCCUGUACUCACGCAUGGCCCUGCCAGCCUGUCGUGGUCUCUCGGAUGCACCUGUGA